AAAGAGUGCUAUUACACCAAAGAGUCGGAGACUAAAGGAGGAAAUUCAAAAGUCCUAAAAUUUUCCCCAAAUUCCACCGAUCUCUUCCUCUCAUCUCAUUCUAGGGUUUUUCAAAUCUCCAGCUCCUCUGGAUCUUCGCUCCCCGUCGCCAGAUCUCCGUUUGAAUUCGUCGGAUCUGAGGUUUUUUGGGUCGGGUCGAGCCCUCUGCUGAUCCGAUCCGCCAUGGCCCUUUCUGGGAUGAGAGGCCUCUCCGUCUUCAUUAGCGACAUCAGGAAUUGUCAGAAUAAGGAGCAGGAGCGGCUUCGGGUCGAUAAAGAGCUUGGUAACAUCCGUACCCGAUUCAAGAACGAGAAGGGUUUGUCACCUUAUGAGAAAAAGAAAUAUGUGUGGAAGAUGCUUUACAUUUACAUGCUAGGUUAUGACGUUGAUUUUGGUCAUACGGAGGCUGUUUCUCUAAUAUCUGCACCAAAGUACCCAGAGAAGCAGGUUGGAUACAUUGUGACAUCUUGCUUGCUCAAUGAAAACCAUGACUUUCUAAGGAUGGUUAUAAAUACUGUACGCAAUGAUAUUAUAGGGAGGAAUGAAACCUUCCAAUGCUUGGCACUGACAAUGGUGGGAAAUAUUGGUGGCAGAGAUUUUUCUGAAUCACUAGCUCCUGAUGUUCAAAGACUACUUAUUUCAAGUAGCUGCAGGCCUCUUGUAAGAAAAAAAGCUGCUUUAUGUCUUCUGCGCUUGUAUAGAAAAAAUCCUGAUGUUGUUAAUGUAGAUGGAUGGUCCGAUCGCAUGGCGCAACUCCUGGAUGAGCGUGACUUGGGAGUACUGACAUCUGUCAUGAGCCUUCUUGUUGCCCUAGUCUCAAAUAAUGUUGAUGCUUACUGGAAUUGUCUUCCUAAAUGUGUGAAAAUUCUAGAGAGGCUGGCCAGAAACCAAGAUAUACCGCAAGAGUAUACCUACUAUGGAAUCCCUUCUCCUUGGCUUCAGGUUAAGACAAUGAGGGUUCUCCAGUACUUUCCGACUGUUGAAGAUCCAAACACCAGAAGAGCUCUGUUUGAGGUCCUUCAACGUAUUUUAAUGGGGACUGACGUGGUAAAAAAUGUAAACAAAAACAAUGCAUCACAUGCUGUUCUUUUUGAAGCCCUUGCUCUGGUUAUGCAUCUUGAUGCUGAAAAGGAGAUGAUGUCCCAAUGUGUGGCUUUACUUGGCAAAUUUAUUGCCGUCCGAGAACCUAAUAUUCGUUAUCUAGGCCUAGAAAAUAUGACCAGGAUGUUGUUGGUCACAGACGUGCAGGAUAUUAUUAAGAGACAUCAAGCCCAAAUUAUUACUUCCCUGAAAGAUCCUGAUAUCAGUAUCAGAAGGCGUGCUCUUGAUUUACUUUAUGGGAUGUGUGACAUCACAAAUGCGAAGGAGAUAGUUGAAGAGUUAUUGCAGUAUCUUAGCACGGCAGACUUCGCCAUGCGUGAAGAAUUGGCACUUAAGGCUGCCAUAUUGGCAGAGAAAUUUGCUCCAGACCUAUCAUGGUAUGUUGAUGUUAUUCUUCAAUUAAUUGAUAAAGCAGGAGACUUUGUUAGUGAUGACAUAUGGUAUCGUGUUGUCCAGUUUGUUACCAACAAUGAAGAUUUACAGCCAUAUGCUGCAGUGAAGGCGAGAGAGUAUCUUGAUAAACCAGCUUUACAUGAGACAAUGGUGAAGGUAAGCGCAUAUAUACUCGGGGAAUACAGCCACCUUUUAUCGAGAAGACCUGGUUGUAGCCCUAAGGAAAUUUUUGCAAUAAUAAAUGAGAAGCUGCCUACAGUAUCUACAAACACUGUUGCCAUUCUUCUCUCAACAUUUGCCAAGAUUUUGAUGCAUACCCAACCUCCAGACCCGGAGCUGCGGGAACAAAUUUGGUCGAUAUUUAGAAAGUAUGAAAGUUACAUUGACGUUGAGAUACAACAAAGGGCAGUUGAAUAUUUUGCACUAAGCAGGAAAGGUGAAGCUUUGGUUGACAUAUUGGCUGAGAUGCCCAAGUUUCCAGAACGUCAGUCUGCUUUGCUUAAGAAGGCUGAAGAUAUUGAAGUUGACACCGCAGAACAAAGUGCCAUUAAGUUACGAACGCAACAGCAGACAUCAAAUGCCCUGGUUGUAACUGACCAACGGCCUACUAAUGGAUCUCUACCUGUUAAUCAACUGAAUCUUGUGCGGAUACCAAGUCAAAAUAUGGAAGCUACUUCCCAUCAAGAGAUGUCAAGAGAAAAUGGAGCUGUAAACAAAGUAGACCGUGAACCUGUCCCAUCACCUGAUCUCAUAGGUGACCUUUUGGCUAUUGAGGGUCCACCCUCUGCUGCUGUUCCAGCAGAGCAAAAUAUGGUGCCCAGUGUAGAUGCUACUGCUGAUGCAAUAGGUGCUCUAGCGCUAGCAACUGUCAAUGAAGAAUCAAAUACAGUUCAGCCAAUCGGUAACAUUGCUGAUAGGUAUAAUGCCUUGUGUCUGAAGGAUAGUGGGGUGCUAUAUGAGGACCCUCACAUCCAGAUUGGAGUUAAGGCCGAGUGGAGAGCACACCAUGGGCGUGUUGUUCUAUUCUUGGGAAACAAGAAUACUUCUCCUCUUACUUCAGUGCGAGCUGUUAUCUUACCUCCAACUCAUUUAAAAAUGGAACUCUCCCUGGUGCCUGAGACCAUUCCUCCUAGAGCACAGGUGCAAUGCCCUCUUGAAGUUGUAAAUUUGCGAGCAAGCCGAGAUGUUGCCAUUCUUGAUUUUUCAUAUAAUUUUGGAACUGCAGCAGUCAAUGUCAAGCUACGCCUUCCAGCUGUCUUGAGCAAGUUUCUGCAACCUGUAGCAGUCUCUGCUGAAGAGUUUUUCCCUCAGUGGAAAUCUUUGGCUGGACCACCAUCGAAGCUGCAAGAAGUGGUUAGAGGUGUCAAACCAUUAUCGCUUCCUGAGAUGGCUAACUUGUUUGCCAGUCUUCACCUGGGAAUUACUCCAGGACUUGAUACAAAUCCAAAUAAUCUGGUUGCAAGCGCAACAUUCUACUCAGAGACCACUCGUGCUAUUCUUUGCUUGAUUAGAGUUGAAACCGAUCCAGCAGAUAGAACCCAGCUGAGAUUAACAAUUGCUUCAGUGGACCCAACAUUGACAUUUGAGUUGAAAGAGUUGAUCAAGGAAAAUUUGGUUGAUAUCCCCAAAACCACCACCCCGGCUCCUUCCCAAGCUCCUCCUUUACAACCACAGUCUCCAGUUGUUGGUUCAGGUUAUAAUGAUCCUGGCGCUUUGCUUGCUGGACUACUUUAAGAUCCAUCUGAGAUUCUGUUUGGUUUAUUCUUCGAUAGUCUAAAGAUAUAUCUCAAUUUAUCGCCUCAUAGCCUCAACAAGAGUCUCUUGAUUGUACUAAAGAAACGUGCAGAGAGGGCUGGCGGUGAAAAAUCAAGCUCUGGUGUGAUACGGAAAAGCGUUGGAUUUUAAAUUCUUUGGGGCCAUUGUUUCUACCCCCUUUGCCAGGUUUCAAUAUGUAAAUUUCCUAUUUAUUUUUUUUCUUUUUCUGUAUUUUUUUUACUUUGGUUUUGUUGGUUCUGUAGUGUGAGUUUGGAGAAUGUAUUGGUAAAGAUUGUAGGAAAGAAACUUAGAAGUUGUAGGUUGCAGCAAAUCCCGUAUUUAUAUGUACUUGAUCACAUUCGAGGAAAUCUUUUUGGCUUUGGUUUUGUCAUGGAACUUUAGACCUACUGUUUUUUAUACAAGAGAUUGGUAACCUUUGUGGUGUUUAUUCAA